GAUGGGCCCAAGUGAAUCGACUGUAUAGGUUUAAUCCAGGACAACUUUGGGUAAAAAGUGUGACUCUUGAUUUGUGAGAACAACUUCAAAUGAUUUUUCUAACACCCAUUCGAGACCCUGCUAAAACCUACAUAAAGAACCUAACUAGUAUUUAUUCAACACAGAUGGGUCCCACAAGCCGCCAAUUGUGAGCCAAGGCAAACCUACCCAUCUACACCAGCAAAAUCUAUGGGUCCCGCAUAUACAUGUUCAUUUGUUCAGAAUCAGAUCAGUACAUCUGCACCUCCACCGUCACCCCAACAGCAUCCAGCUGCUCAUAUACAUCAGCAGGCGGUUUAUUUUCUAAACAGCGCACUCAUUGCUGAUUUUCUUUCUGUCUUUAUGGCAGCUUUUAUAGGCCAUCAGCAAGACGCAUGGCUUUUUAGACCAGUUUCGCUGCGAACACGUGUUUCCUGCAGAGCAUUCGCUAUACAUUUCAGCCAUUGAUUUUAUUUUUGGAGUUUAAUGUUUCCGGAUUAAAUCAAAACAAUAAAUGGACUUUGCAUUUAUGUCACGAAACAAGAACGUUUAUAGGAGUGACACUCUGGCCUGAGUUCAUUCUUUUUAUAUUAAAUGUCAUAAAAACGACGAAAUAAAGUAAAAACAUGACGCAAAGUGCAAUCAGUUAAAUCACAAUAUGAUCAUAAUAUUCCUUGAACAUUUUGUAUAAUAGAUGAUUUUAUUUUUGCAAUGGUGUUUAAUUGUGGCUAAUUGUUAAUAAUUACUUUUCAUUGCAGAAUUGCGCAAAAAAAAAAAAAUAAAAUAAAUAAAUAAAUAAAUAAAAUCCUGCAAACUGUUUCCAGCAAAUAUCAAAUUCGUAUGGUUGAGGCGUUAGGUUGCUCUUCUGUUUGAUUAUUUUUGCUUCAGAGAUCAAAGGCACCAAAUUGCAUUAAUUAACGCUAGUUAGUUAAAUAUUACCAUUAGAAUCCAAUUAAAGCGACGGAGCAAAAAGUGAAGAUGAGAGGAUGAAAGCAGCGCAAAUCGAUCCGCUGCAGCAGUCUGACUGUCACCGUGGAAAGCCAAAUCAGCAGCACCAUUACAGUAUCAACAUCUGCACGGAGCCUUUUUAAUGGACGCCGCUGCGCCGGCCGUCUCUGGUCUGUUUCCACUUUAGGGCUUUGAAAUGGGCCCAUCUGAUCACUAAUUUAAAUUAGGGGAUGGGAAAAAGGACUCCAUAUGGAGGACGUUUCUUUCGGCUUCGACCGUGAGCGGGAUGCAGUAUAGGCUAUGUUGAAAAUAUUGAUUAAAUAAUGAAAUAACUUUAGUUAGAAAAUGUGACAAACGAGCAUGGGUGAUUUUUUUUAAAGGGAAUCAUUUUUAAAUUUGCGAUAAAAUAUUUUAGAUGCUCAUUUUCUUUUUGCUUUUUGUAUUCAUUUCAUGUUUUAUUCGUUACACAAAAAUCCUCUUUCUGAUCGUAAUGGCAGAGCUAUUUCCAUAUAUGAAACCGAGCUUGCAUGAUCAGCAGAAAGGGCUUCUUUAUUCCACGCACACACACCCACGCAGUGUGCAAAUUAACAGCACACGCAGGGCGGUCUGAGCUGCAGCAAGAAAACCCUUGUCCAUUCUGCUGCUUCUUCACCCGCACUUUCACCUGCACCUCUUUCUCCUCUCGGGUUUGUCAUAAUCUGUUAGGGUUUUUUUUUUUCUUCUUCUUCUUUUUUACUCGCUCCUGAAGGUGUGAGGAGUCCUGCGUGUUUUUGUUUCCUGCGCCGGAAUGAGCGCUGAAGGCCUGAAGCCUUCAGCUCUCUGGAAACCUGCCAUGUGACAUUUGGCUGCCAGCACUGCGCCAGAAGGUCAAAGGGGGCCGCGGUGCACAUUUCAUGGAAAUGCAGAGCAACAUCCACCACCACAGUUGCAGCCAUCCUCACGGAUUCUGCAGCGAGUCUGUGGAUGGUGCGUCUGGGUUUGGGGGAUCUUAUCACGCCCCGACCCACCAACAUGGAGAGGAGAUGCUUGAGCUUCCACGGAGGUCUAAAUAUCAAAGCCCCGAUAAGUUUGCAAUGAGCAAAAGGGUUUUCCCUUGGAUGAAAGAGUCAAGACCCUCCAAUCAGAAUCUCAGAGGGAGCCCAGAUUGCACCGAGAAGUGUCCGAGCUCGAGCCAGGCCUCCAAGCGCACGCGCACCGCGUACACGAGCGCGCAACUAGUGGAGCUGGAGAAAGAGUUUCACUUCAGCCGCUACCUGUGCAGGCCGCGGCGGGUGGAGAUGGCCAGUCUGCUCAACCUGAACGAGAGGCAGAUCAAAAUCUGGUUCCAGAACCGCAGGAUGAAGCAGAAGAAGGACCAAAGAGUGCAGGGCCUCACCACGACAAGCACCAGCUCCUGCUCUCCCCCGUCCUCCCCCUCCGCCGCUGGCAGCCCCACUCUGGCGAGCCUGGGUUAUGUCCAUCUGGGUUCUGAUUAUCAGCCGGCUUCCCCUCCGCACAAACAACAGCAGCAUUCCCAGCAGGUUAACCCGGUAGGGUACUCCAAAUAUACAGAGCCGAGCUUCACGCACGACCCGCACCUUGAUGCAGUGCAAUACCACACGCAGGACAGCACCCCGCACGCACCAGACUCAAACCUGGGAUUGGAUGAUCACAGCAGGUCGUACUUCUUGCAGGGCUGCACACCUCAGGACAGAAUCAUGCAAGCUCCAAAACUGACUCAUCUCUAGGAUCCAUUACAGCAUGCAUCGCUAAUGAUUAUUUAUGGAAUAAAAAAUUAGUAUGUAUUUAUAAUUAGCUUUUCGGUUUUAGAUUUUUUAUUUUAUGCAUGCUUCAUUUAACUUUAUUUAUUUAGAUAAUCAUUAAUGGCUCAGAUAAAAAUACAUAUGAAUAUAACUUGGUAUUAAAAAAUAAAUCAUGUUGAGGUUCCAACCCACCAUGCAAGAUCUACAAAUUAGAAGGAGAAACGCUGCUAUAAAUGGGAAAUCCUUUGUUUCGUUUAAGUUAAUUUCUCUUAAGGACCACCUAAACUCGUGCUUAACUGCAUGACCCGUUUAGGAGGACUAUUUUGUGAGAUCCUCACAUUAUUAUAACUGCUAAGCAGAAUAGAGAAAAAAAGCCACCCUCUCUGGCUCUUAAACGGGCCUUUGUUUCUGUUAUGGCUCAAAAUGGACCAAACAAGCUGUCAGCGUUUAAAAGGAGUCGUGAUGGAUCACUAAAUUCACUGAGCUGACUGUUUCAGGAACCCUGCCUCAUUCAGAGUCGGCCCUGCACGUCUGACAAGCAUAAAAAAGGAGAUUCGGAUUGAAAGCUGAGAAACAGCAACUGCUCGACAAAAUAAAAAGAGAUACUUUUUUUUUUUUUUUGUUUACCAGGAAAAAAGACGUUUCAUUUAUUCAAAAAAACCAAACAAACAAAAUGCAGAGCCCUAAUUAUUGGAUUGGAAACACAGAAUUAAUGUAUGUAACCACGGACAAUCAGGUCUUACCCUCCCAACGCACCAAGUAGUACCACAUCCAGUGCGACAUAAAAUUGAAUUGUACAAUAGCAGGGAGAUGGUAUUUCAAUUUGUAUUAUUACUAUUGUUAGCGGUAUUAUCGACUUUUUUUUUUAUUUUUUACCUUUAUCUUAUUAUCUUUUUCUGAAUACACUUUUAUUAUUGUAGUUAUUAACAGUAGCGCUGCUACUAAGAGUAUUUUUUACUAUGCAUUUUAAUUGUUUUGUUUUUAUAUUUAUUUUUAUUUAUUAAAGUUCUUUUGUAGAGUGGUAUUAAUAUUAA